AUGGCCUGGCCCGAAUGGAUACGACCGCACGUUGAGGUACUCCUUCUGUGGAUCACGUGGGCCGUCGAUCAUAUUGAUCUCGAUUAUUUAGAGUAUCUACUAUGGCUAUUUCUACCUGUGAUCAUCAUUUUCGUCUUGCCGAUUCUGUUAGUGAUCUUCAUCUACGGUUGCAUUAUUUUCCUACACAUUUAUGGGCUUCGGAAUCGGAUUAGGGAGGCCUAUCACACUUCCUAUUGGGACGGGGCACGAGUGGCGAUUGCUUCGUUCUGGGACGCCAUCGGUCAUGUCUGGCAUGGAUAUGAGGUGGAUGGCAUCGAGAACGUCCCGGACACCGGACCCGCGCUUUUCAUCUAUUAUCACGGCUGUCUUCCCUUGGAUGUCUACUACCUCAUUUCAAAGAUUACCGUCGUGAAGGGACGAUCACUUCACUGCGUCGGAGACAAGUUCAUCUUUAAAAUUCCAGGCUGGGGCGUGCUUUGCAAGCUGUUCUCUGUAACACCCGGAACUGUCGAAGACUGCACAGCAAACCUCAACGACGGCCAUCUACUCUGCAUCGCUCCUGGAGGUGUGCGGGAAGCGCUCUUUUCCGACCCACAUCUUUACGACAUCAUGUGGGGCAAGCGACUUGGGUUCGCGCGCGUCGUUUUGAACUCGAAGACGCCCGUAAUCCCGAUGUUCACCGAGAACUGUCGCGACGCCUUUAGAACUCCCGAAUGGGGACGCUCGUUUUUCAGAUGGGUAUACGAGAAGACAAAAAUGCCGCUGUGCCCGAUCUAUGGCGGGUUUCCUGUGAAGAUGAUCACCCACCUCGGCAAGCCCAUGUAUUUCGACUUUGAGAACGUGACGCCACAGCAGGUGCGAAAGGCGAUCAAAAUCGAGGUGAAGGCGCUGAUCCGAGAGCAUCAGCGGCUCCCCGGCAGCGUCGUGCGCGGAAUCUUGCAGAGAUUCUGGGGGAAGCCGGCCAAGGAGCACGACGAAAUGGAACUUUUGACAAGGACCACCCAUUCUGAUGAUGCGGGUCAUUUCACGGAUGAGGGCGCGCGAGCUCAAAUAGCACGAAAUGGAAAACGUGCAGCCCCUCCAAAGGCCGACGUCGACGAGGCCGAACGCGAAAACGACGAAAUUGAGGAGAUGAUGGCAGAAGACGAUGAUAACAUGAUCCCAGGUGGGCUGCCGAUCGCCGGCUCCGAGCGAAUA